UUAGCCAAGGCCGUUUAUUUGACUAUAAAAGUCUUGUAUGUUUUUAAAGAACAGUCAGUCUUAAUAAUAAAUCGAUUAGAUUAAUUUCAGGAUUAAGUAAAUUUAAUUGCAAAAUGAUAUUUGUACGAAACGUUUUGUUAUUAAUUUUCAUUCGACAUUGCGUUUGUUCCUAUUAUGAUGUGGGCGAUCAAUUAUCGAUUUCUGGUUUAGAAAAAGGUAAAUUGCAGCAGGUUCAUUUGAAUAAAAAACAAUCAAGUAAUCAGGAUAAUUCUUUGUACGAUAAAGAUUUGUCAACGAAUCAUGAAAAAAAAGAAAACGUUGCUCAUUACAACGAACAGGAUAAAUCACGCGAAGGGUUCGAUAAAGAUAGACAUUCUUCCGGGCACGUAGAAAUAACGAAAGAAUCCGAUAAUUCAUUUCAAAAACAUGGUACUGGUUAUUACAAAAAGGGUUUUCAUAAUACCGGUUUUAGUAAUAGUUAUCACAAAGAUGAGGCAGGUAACAAAACGAGUUUUUACGAAGAUAGCGAUGACGAAAAGGGACAUAAAUCUUUUGAUAAAAACGGUGAUUAUUAUGAAAACAAUUUGAAGGAUCAUUUCAGAGAUGGAUUACAUAAUGCUUCCUUUAAGGAAAAAAAUAAAGCUAAACAUGGAAAUUACGAUAAUGGUCAAAGAUACGAUGAUUUACGUGCUCGUUACGAUGAAUUUCAAAAUAAUCGCCGAUAUGACGACGAAAGAAAAUAUUUUCACGACGAUGUUGGAAGAUAUGACGAUAGAAAUCGUCACUAUUUGCGUGAUUAUGAUUAUAAACAUAAUCCUUACUUUUAUCAAAAUUAUCGCUUUAAUAUUCAUCCCAAAUAUUAUUACGAAAAUCCAAACCAUAUUGGAAUUUUAAGACAUUAUCGCAAUUAUUAUCCAUACUUUCUUAAUCGAAAAAUCUAUUAUCCAUAUGAAGAUUACUUCGAUGGGUUAUAUAGCCGUCAUUAUGACAUUGAUUUAAAAAAUAAUAGAUUCUGGAAUGGACAUUCGCCUUACCAUGGUCGUUAUUACCAUUAAAAAUUAGGAAUGAGUAUUCUUCAAUCAUUACAAGUAGAUGUAAUUAGGAAUAAGUUUAUUUACGAUUACGUAUUCGAUUUUUUAAGUCAUUUUUAAAUGAGUUCUCAAUAAAUAA